CCACCGUCUUCCACAUGUCAGGCCAUGGAUGCCAGGCGAGAUCGCGCUCAACACCAACCUCUUAUCAACAACCAAAAAUCCCCCAAAAAAUUAAAUAAAUCUCGCUCACUUGAAUUCCCAUAAUUUUCUCUCUCCUCUCUCUCCCUUUGGUCGAGAGUCUCGUCAGCUUUGAACGCUAUGUCUGCCAUUGCUACAGUUGCGACUAUCUCUCUCCCCAUCUCUCUUUCUCGAUCCUCCAAAUUUAGCAACAAACGGGGUGUUAGGGCAGGGUUUAGGGUUUUCGCCGUUUUUGGGGAAGAAGGCGGGUUAGUAGACAAGAAGAGUGCAUGGGGCACUCUCUUUGAUGUGGAAGAUCCAAGGUCUAAAGUCCCACAGUGUAAAGGGAAGUUCUUGGAUGUAAAUCAAGCCCUAGAAUUGGUUAGAUUUGAUAUCCAGUACUGCGAUUGGCGGGCCCGACAAGAUCUACUCACAAUCAUGCUACUCCAUGAAAAGGUUGUGGAAGUACUAAACCCUCUAGCCCGGGACUACAAAUCGAUCGGCACCUUGAAGAAGGAUCUUGCAGAGUUGCAAGACGAGCUUGCACAAGCUCAUAAACAGGUUCAUAUAUCUGAAGCAAGAGUGUCCACUGCUUUAGAUAAGCUAGCUUACAUGGAAGAAUUGGUUCAUGAUAGACUGUUACAAGACAAACCAACAACAACAGAAUCUGAGUGCACGUCCCCUUCAUCCAGUACUUCCACCGAAUCUCUAGAUACUGUUAGAAAUAAGCUAUCCCGGAAAAUCCUGAACGUGUCUGGUCCUGUUCAACCUUAUCAUCCCCGUUUGAAGAACUUUUGGUACCCUGUUGCUUUCUCUACGGACUUGAAGGAUGACACCAUGGUUCCCAUUGAUUGCUUUGAGGAACCUUGGGUUAUCUUUCGUGGAAAAGAUGGGAAACCUGGAUGUGUCCAGAAUACCUGUGCCCAUAGAGCAUGUCCUCUUCACCUUGGCUCAAUAAAUGAGGGUCGUAUACAAUGUCCUUACCAUGGGUGGGAAUACUCGACAGAUGGAAAAUGCGAGAAAAUGCCAUCUACAAGAUUAGUUAAUGCCAAGAUAAAAGCAUUGCCAUGCUUUGAGCAAGAGGGGAUGAUAUGGAUUUGGCCUGGCAAUGACGCUCCAACAGCCACCAUUCCUUCUUUACAACCUCCCCUGGGAUUUAAAAUACAUGCUGAGAUUGUCAUGGAACUCCCUGUGGAACAUGGGUUGCUUCUGGACAACCUUUUGGAUCUUGCACAUGCCCCUUUUACUCACACUUCCACCUUUGCCAAGGGAUGGAGUGUUCCCAGCCUGGUGAAAUUCUUGACACCAGCAUCCGGCCUCCAAGGAUACUGGGAUCCGUAUCCGAUAGAUAUGGAAUUUCGACCCCCUUGUAUGGUGCUAUCAACAAUAGGAAUCUCUAAGCCCGGGAAAUUGGAAGGGCAGAGCACUGAGCAGUGCUCUACGCAUCUUCACCAACUUCAUGUGUGCUUACCAUCAUCUAGACAGAAGACAAGGUUAUUGUACAGAAUGUCGCUGGAUUUUGCUCCCAUGCUAAAGCACGUCCCUUUCAUGCAGUAUCUGUGGAAGUAUUUCGCAGAGAAGGUUUUGAAUGAGGAUCUCCGAAUUGUUAUUGGCCAACAAGACCGGAUGCUCAAUGGGGCAAAUGUAUGGAAUUUACCGGUUUCAUAUGACAAGCUAGGAGUAAGAUACAGGUUAUGGAGAGACGCUGUGGACCAAGGAGCUAAGCAAUUGCCUUUCAGCAAAAGAACAUAGAAAGCUAAUUCGAGUCUCGAUGAUGGAUUCUAACUUCUUUUGAAAGCCAUCAGUUCUCAUGCUGAACUGCAGACACUCAACAGCUCCUUUACAAUUUUCUGCAGUUUGAUGCUCCCCUCCACGCUUCCCCCAAAGCAACUCACCGGAAACUGUAAUUUGAUUCGAGGCAGAAGAGAGAUGGAACCUACCCGACAAUGCAAACACCCUUGUAAAAAUAAAUUAACUGUACACUCUCUUUUAUUGUUUUGUGUACAGUCUUGAAUCCUUUUCUUUUUCUUUUUCUUUUCCUUGUCGAUUCUUUUGGUGAGGCUAGUCUUUCAUUUCUUACCCAGUGGCAUGAAAUGUCUGUUGUACGAUAAUAGCAUCACCGUGUUCUUGCAUUCAAAAUGAAACUCCAGAUUCUCUGUAAUGUGGUUACAACAUGAUACUAGUACCAGUCACUUUGCUUGUUUU